UAUCCAGCCACUGAAUUUUAGAACAAUGCGAAAUAUUUCUCACGCUAGAGUUCCACUGCAUGAUAUUUUGCUACUGUGAAAAAUCCGUUUCCAUGGGAAACGCAGCCAAACAGCAGAAAAUUGUAAACAAAGUAUUGAACGCCAAAUAAUUGCAAACGAAAACACUAAAAUUUUGCUUCAGCAUAAGAAAUGUUUCACAAAUUACCAAAACACACGGGCAUUUACAACAUUCGUGACAAUAUUGAGUUCCUAGAAUUUGAUGUGCAUUUCCGCCACAUCAACUCGCUGCUAACUUUACCAAAAUUUGAGCCCAGUCGCAAUAACACCAACAAAAGUGCUGCUAAGGAAGGAGAACGACACCAACAGUCGGAGAAGGACAAUGUGAUCUGCGUAACACGCAUCCGGUGGCAGCAGAAACUACUUAGCCCCAGUGAAGCUGAGCUGUAUAAAGAUGCACGGAAUUGUGUGACCGAAACCCAUAAACAGUAUCACCAAUGGCUUAUAGAGGACGAUGUGCCAACAGAAACUUCAACCGGUGGGACGGCUUCAAGCGAUGUCAGCAAACGGGGAAAGCGAAAGAAACGUCAGAAGCGUCAGAAGAAGUCGGGAAAGGUGGAGGAGAGAGCGCAACCGCGUUGGGGUCAAAUUUUUACCUAUGUGCAUGAAGAUCACUUUAUACCGCAUGGCUCUGAGCAUGCGACGACUGGAAGCGGCGCUGAACAACACUCCAGUACGCUUGCAUCUGCCCCUGAGCCACUACAGCUAAUGUAUGUGUACGCCGCACUAACCCCCGACACACAACUACUCUCGCUUGCUUGGCAUCCGCAGAUGCGUCAAUUGCGCAUCUAUCCCGACUUCAACGACUUCGAAGUGAAUCCUUACUAUAUCGAAAUCGAUACGGAUUAUAGACAUCUAUAUGCCUACGCUGUGCAUAACGUCUCGCAGCGCAGACGCCUUACAAAUCCUGCACCAUUUCUGCAGCUACCCGAAUUGGUCACACACUGGCAGGAGGCGCGUGAUUUAAGCGCUUUGUUUGCCAUGCCGCCAAAGCGCACCACACGCGUUGCGUUGCUAUUUGAAUUGCGUACGGCCAGCGGCUUCAGCUAUGACAGCAUACACGCACGCUACCACAUACAAUUACCGCCGCAUACGCUACUCGAAGAGGGUCUUCUCCACGCCAGCACGCACGGUUGUUCGCCCAGCUACACCAAUGGAGAAUGUUACUUUGGCUACAAUUGGCAACUGACGGUGCUUUGCGAGGAGGAAUUUAAUACGGCGCAUCUGCUGCACAUCUACUUUGAACUCAUCUCCAUCGACAGCUGGGAGCGUGAGCGUGUCGAGGGCUAUGCGCACUAUUCUACAUUUCUGCUGGCCGGCUGGAAUUCGGUGAAGCUACAGUGUUUGCGACCUGCUGAGAGCUUACUGGAAUCAUUCUCGCGCUAUUUGAUUGGCGGUCGGCGCAAAUUUGAUUACAUGCGCUUCUACACAGAUACGAAUGAAGAUGAUGAGCCUAUGCAAUGCCGCUAUGGUUGUCGUAUGGAAAGCACCGGAGAGCUUGAGCUCACUUGUCAGCGUUUCACGCAACGUAACUGUGAAUUGCUGCAACCAUGUCCGAAUAGAACGAGUGGAAUGACACUGGAUGAUAUAAUGCUCGCAUAUCGGGAGGCGCGCAGACGUCUCGAAGCGGUGGUGCUAAAGUGAUUUAUAACUUUUCGAAAGAAGAAAUUGAAUAAAAGAUUUCGCAAACAAAAAUAUACAUGCAUAAGUCGA